AUGCGCUUCUACUACGUCGUCCUCGCUGUUACUGCCACACUUCUUGCUAGCGUCAAAGCUGUCUCCACUAAUGCAUAUCAGAACCAAAUCUCCCAGACGGCCUCGGACAGCGUCGUUGGCGUGAAGCGCUCCCUACGCUCGCACAAGGUUAACAAGGAGGAGAAGGAAGACCUUGUCGACUCGCGGGAGGACGUUGAAGAACGGAAAGGCGGAGUGAUCUCAAGUAAGCUGAUGAAGAUUGUCAAGGAUCGUAAUACACCCAUUAAUUUGGAUAUCACGAAGCUAAAUCUCAACCAGCAACAGAAAAUUGUAGACAUCUUGUCCGGCCAAACGCGAACGCUUGAGAGGUUUGCUAAGAAGUUGGGAAUAAAGAGUGCCCUAGACACGACACACAAGAGCUACCCGUUUUUCAAGACGUGGAGUCUUCACUUCCUGGACGGGAAGAAGCCGAAGAAAGUCUCUGAAUUCUGGAUUUGA